AUGACUGUAAAUGCUACAAAAGAUCUCCGCAUUAAUAAAUUUAAAGUAAAAAGGGUAACUUUACCAGUAAAAUACAAGACAUUCAUUUCAAAUGCAAAACGAAUAUCUGAGAUAAUUUCAAAUAUUGACAAAAAUAUUGUCACCAAUACAUCUAAAAGUUGGCGGAUUAUGUCGAAACUCACGUUAACAAGUGGAAUUAGAAAAGAAAUGCGAAAAAAUGAAAAUAAAAUACCUACAUUCAAUAAAUUACAAUAUUCAAUAAAUAAAGAAUUAAAAAGAAAUAAACAUUACCAAGAAAAUAAAGUUAAUAUUAGCAAUAAAUAUAUGAACAAUAAUGAUAUUAGUAAAAGUGAAGAAAUCAAUACUGAAGAAUCAUUUCUGAAAACGAAAACUCGUAAACUAAAAAUUAUAACACCUAAAAAUGAGGAAACUCAUGUUAAGAGUCCACAAUCGAAAAGAAUAUCUUUAUUAUAUUCAAAACACAGUCGACUAAAAUAUCUUGCAAAUACAAUAGAUAACAUUUCUGACUUCGGUGAAAGUGAUUAUCUCAAAGAAUUUAUUGUUGUUUAUAUUCCACUAACGAAUUUAGAACAUGUUGAUAAAAACAGUAAUAGUGGAAGAAAAAAUGCUGUAAAUGAUAUUCGACUUAGGAGAGGUGUAAUCGAAGAAGAAAUCUCUGCAACAACUUCUUCAGGGUUUAAGUAUACUGCUGCGGAAUCGAGUUUGGUUGAUCGUUUAGCUUUUAAAAACAUAAACGUAUAG